AUGCGUUUACUCUUUCAUCGAAGCAACAAGCUACGAGAUACGGAUCAAGUCGAUGCCCACCGCUAUACUUCCAGGAUUUUGGUUCAUGCAGGAUUGGCCUGGCUGCGCUUUGGCUUAUGUCCUGCUUCUGAGCGUGAUUCAAAUCUCCUCUCAGAGGCAGUCAAUUUGGCUAAGGAAGCAGAUUUUGCAAUAGUCUUCACCGGUCAUGAGCAAGAGUGGGGAACAGAGGGGCAAGAUCAGCGGUCGUUUGAGAUGCCUAGGGCAGGCUCUCAGAAUGCGCUGGUUUCUGCAGUUCCUGCGGCAUAUGCUAACACUGUAGUUGUAAAUUCCACGGGCGUGGCGAUUGCUAUGCCGUGGGUCAACGAAGCUGCGGCAAUAUUACAAGCAUGGUUCGCCGGCCAUGAGCUUGGAAUCUCGGUUUUUGAUGUUCUUCUUGGGCAUCAGAAUCCUGAAGGUCAUCUUCCCGUGGCAUUUCCAAAAUCUCUCGAGGAUGCACCGGCGUUUAGAAAUUUUCCUGGUACAUACCAGGGCGACCGUUCAGUCGUGCCCUAUGAAGAGGGUGUUUUUGUCGGAUAUCGCCACUACGAUCGUCUAGCACAAGAGAAGGUCAACUACCCCUUUGGACAUGGUCUUUCCUACGCGAUCUUCGACUACGAUGACCUCAAGGUGGAUCGCCCAUCUGAAGAUGCAGUAUCUAUAUCUGUGGGCCUCCAGAAUACGGGCAACUGUUAUGGCGGUACCGUGGUACAGGUGUACGCAGGUCAAUCUGACAGAGAUCCUGCGCAUCCACUGAAAAAGCUGGUUGUAUUCGAAAAGGUUGGGCUGGCGGCUGGACAGAAGCACAGAUCAAUCCUGUCUGUAUCGAUAAAAGAGCUAGCAUAUUUCGAUGAGAAGCUUGAGCGUUGGGUGGUACGGGCAGGGAAGUAUGAGUUUUCCGUUGGUCACUCCGGUCACUCCAGUGCGGAUAUUGUCCGUCGCGCGACUAUCGAUAUCGCAAAAGAAUAUGUAUAUGAGCCUUAG